CCUACUCCGGAUGUUGACCAUCAGCUGAGAGGAGCAAGAUGGCGGUCGCACGGUUGUUUUGCGGGCUCGCGCUGUUGCUGUGUUGCACUUUGGGGGUCCGGGGGUCCCUGGACACUGCCCUGGGGGACAGCUCGUCCUGUCAUCAAGUGUGCGAAGGCACUUACCCCCUACACACCUACCCGGAGGAGGAGGAGCUGUUCGCCUGUCACCGAGGCUGUCGUCUGUUUUCCAUCUGUCAGUUUGCUGAAGAAGGAGACUUGAACAAGACGAAGACGGAAUGUGAAUCGGCUUGUAUUGAGGCCUAUCCACAGUCCAAUGAGCAGUAUGCCUGUAUCCUGGGCUGUCACAGUCAGAUGCCUUUUGCAGAGAAGCGACAAGACGAGCUCUCUGACAUGGUGCCACGGAUACACGUUCUCUUUCCUUUGACAGUAGUAAAAGCUUUCUGGAGUGAUAUGAUGGAUUCUGCGCAGAGCUUCAUGACAUCAUCCUGGACUUUCUACAUACAAGCCGAUAAUGGACACAUCCUUGUGGUGCAGUCUCAGCCAGAAAUUCAGCAGAUGCCACCACUGGAGCCAGAAGCCCUAUCACCAAGAGGGAACAUGCUGGACGCUGUGCCUUCAGAUUUAGGAAAUGGGCAUUCAGUUGGCGAGGGUCUUUGGAGCCGAAGAGCUAGCAUUCUGGAGCUAGAUGGAGAAGGGAUUAUGAAGUGUUUCUCAAUGAACUCUAAUUGGCUGCUGACUGCAACAUUGCUUCUGUCUAUCCUGGUUCUGCUCUGGAUUUGUUGUGCGACAGUGGCAACCGCGUCGGAUCAGUAUAUCCCUUCUGAGAAACUGAGCAUCUACGGAGAUCUGGAAUACCUGAAUGAGCAGAAGCUUCACAAAUACUCCCCUGCAUCUCUAGUAGUUGUCCACGGUCUUCCCCAGGAAAAUGAAGACGCUGGACCUUUACCAACUAAAGUGGACCUGGCCAAGUCUGACAUUUAGGCCAGCCGCCCCUCUCUCUCCAUGCCACCACUUUUGAGGGGCAUCGGUUGCAAUGUGGAUUUUUAGUAAAACGAUGGAAUCAAACUAUCUGACUGUCAGAAUUCAUACUCUGGGUGGUUUUAGGGAAAGGGGGAGUCUGUGAUGUGGACUUUUAUAUUCUAGUUUAGAACUAUUUGCAUCCUACAAGGGAUGUGAUGUGAUCUUUUCACCGUCGGGUUUCCUAAUUUUUCUUUCUAAUUUUAUGUCUUCUGUAAAGCUUUCUUAUAUACAGGUAGGUGAUAUCCUGUUCUUGGUGUGAAUCUGCUUUGCUUUUAUCUAUAUAAGAGUCGGCUUUCCAGCGUUUCUUUGUUGCAUUCAUUGAAUUCUUUUUUGGCUGUUUACAGGUUAAUAUGAGAGCAGUGAUCCAGAAAACCUGCCCUUGGACUGUGCAACAGAGGAUCGCCUGCAAAGCAGGCUUUUUAUUUCUCCUAAAAUAAGCCCUCCAGGGGUGCACAUUAUAUCUAUAGCUUAUACUGGGUGCCAGGAAUAUAUCUACACCUGUAACUUUUACUUAAAUCUUUUACAUUCUGAAGAACUAACAGCCUAUUAAUUGCACACUUUGGCUCUGAAAAAUGAAUAGCUGAGAUAAUAGCGGUUGAUUUGCCCACCAUUAAUAUACUUUAAAGUGUAUAGCAUUUCAGAAGACUUUUGACAUACCACAGUAACAGAGGUUUUGACCAGUGGAGGUGCAGGUGCUUGUGAUCUGCACUGAUCAGUGAAAUGGCAGAGUACUGUUCCCCUUGGGCUGUAAUCAGUCUGUACACUUUGAAACCUACUUCUCCGAGAAGGUGAACAGAUUGUAAGGGUCUCAGCAUUUGACCCCCUCACUGAUCACAACUAUGACAUGUCAAAAGUUUUCUGAAAUGAUAGGCACACUUUAAAUGACUGGCAGAGCUUCCGACUUGCUCCCAUCAUAUCGGAGCAAAAAAAAAAAAAAAAAAUCAUAUUCUCUUGGUUGGUGACUCAGGACAAUCACAGCAAAGUCUCUAAAGAAAUUUUAGGCAAUGUUAGGAAUUUAAAAUGUGUAUAAUAGUGGGUGAGCUGCCAGGUGACACCCUUUUUGCUUCCAGGUUUCUGUCGAUGAUUCCUGCUAGUAUUUCACAAUUACAGAACAAUGUUGCCGUGAAGAAAAACUUUGCUUUUAUUCGACACUUUGCACCCUUUGCUGAAUCUCUCGAUACUGGUUGCUUGGUCUUUGUUUGCCAAGCUCCAGGGAUGAUAUGUCACCCCAACUUGCAAUUGGCCGCAGUGUCGUGCUGUCACUUGAUGAUCGGUGGGGAUCUGUCUUCUAGGACCCGCAGACCUUGAGAAUGAAGGGGACGCAGCGCUGGUUUAGCAUAUUCUGCCCAGCAGUUUCCUGGUCAGGAUACUGAAGCCAGAUCCAUUCACUUUAAUGGGGCCACACUGCAAUACCAUGCACUGCGAUGGCCAGAGAUCCAGUGUGCCAGUAAAAAGAGUAAAGUAGAUUCCGUGCUAAAUGAGCGCUGCUGCUUCUUCAUUAUCAAGAUCGAUUCCAGAGGUCGUACCCCCACCUAUUCUCUAUACCAGGGAUGCUCAACCUGCGGCCCUCCAGCUGUUGCAAAACUACAACUCCCAGCAUGCCCAGACAGCCUUCAGCUAUCAGCCUACAGCAGGGCAUGGUGGGAGUUGUAGUUUUACAACAGCUGGAGGGCCGCAGGUUGAGCAUCCCUGCUAUAUACCAUCUCUUUAUAAGAUGGGAAUACCCUUUUAAUAUUGAUUUGCUUAUUCUGUACUGAUACUGGGCCUCAUUUAGCAAAAUUGGUAAAAAAUCCAAGGCAACCAAUCAGCUCAGCUUUCAUCUCCUAAAGUUCUCCCAUGAAAUAAAAGCUGACCUUUAAUUGGUUGCUGUGAAUUGAGUUACCCAGUUCCUUCCCAACUCGUGACCAAUGCUAAAUUCAGAAUUCUGCUAGAUUCUGGUCACCAGAGCAUUAUUGGAGCAGAUGAGUUCCACAGGUAGCUGUUGGGUCACAUGUCUGACAGUGGAGAUGCCGCGCUGUCUGUUUCCCUGGGCAACCAGCAGAUUUUGGUAAUGUGGAUAGAAACCAUAAAACAACAAAGUGACAAAACAUUAUAUAGCGUUAAGCGUUGGGAUGUCGGUAAAGGCACAAUUUAGUUUUUAAGAACAAACUUUACAGAUUUCUAAAUGUUAUCAACUACAGCCAGACACAUCAACAAACUGUUCAGGAUGUAGCCGUGUGGAAUGUUUGCUUCACAAGGGAUAUGAAGUGUAAAUCUGCAGUUCGCCUUUAAUAAAAUUAAAUCUCAAAAUGUGAA